AUGACACCAAACCAAACGAUUGAAUUUGCUUGGGGACUAGCUAAUAGCAAUCAAAACUUUUUGUGGAUAAUAAGGUCUGAUCUUGUUAUUGGUGAUUUGACUGUUUUUCCACCGGAAUUUGUGGAGGAGAUAAAAGAUAGAGGCCUAUUAGCAAGGUGGUGCCCACAAGAAAAAGUUCUCAACCACCCGGCAAUUGGAGGAUUCUUAACUCACUGUGGAUGGAAUUCAACUCUUGAAAGCAUAAGUGCCGGAGUACCAAUGAUCUGUUGGCCAUUUUUUGGUGAUCAACAGACCAAUUGUUGGUUUUGCUGCACUCAAUGGGGCAUUGGCAUGGAGAUAGAGAAUGAUGCUACGAGAAAUAAAAUUGAGAGCGUUGUGAGAGAGUUGAUGAAUGGAGAGAGAGGCAAAGAGAUGAAGAAUAAGGCAUUGGAUUGGAAGCAAAAGGCUGAAGAGGCCGGUACAGGUUCAGCGUAUGUGAUUCUAGAGAAAAUGAUCAACCAAGUGCUUCUCACUCAAAAAACUUAG